UCACUCCCGCUUUCCAAAAUCCGCGCGAUUUUCUCUCUCUUCAAUAAGAUUCUUUCGUCAUAAAAUUUUAACAAAAACAAUUGUUUAGAACAAACAUACACUUUAUCAUUUUAAAAUACACUAUAUCAGGUCAAAAUACAUUAUCAUGUCAAACACUAUAACUGUCGAUUAUGAUAAUUUUGUAUAAUAUACAAAUAAACUACACUAUAACAUUUUAAAAUACACUAUAUUAUGUCAAAACACACUAUAUCAUGCAACACUAUGGGUGAAAGUUAUUCGGAUAAAAUCCAAAAUCCAAUCCAAUCCAAUCCAAUCUGAAUUAGUAAUUCGGAUCGGAUUCUAACUGUAUUCGGAUCGGAUUCGGAUUUAGAUUUUUUGAAAAAUUGGAUUUUCUGAUCGAUCGGAUUGGAUUGAGGGUAAUUGGAUCCAAAAAUCCAAUAUAACCGAAUAGUAAUAUGCCUUGUAUUAUGUAUCUAGAUUGGGUUUAAGUGCUUAAUUUGAUUUUUUAUUAAAAAAAAAACCUACUCCAUAGCCCAAUACACAUGGCACUUCAAUCUUUCCCCUAAAACACUAACUGCACUUAGUUCCUCAUUUCCUAAAUCUACUAGGAUGUUGUUGUGCUUAAUUUAUUUCAUCGAAAAACUAGAGUUUUAAAAAAAUUGGAUUUUCAAAUCGGAUCCAAUCUAAAGUAUUAAAUUUCGGAUUGGAAUGGAUCGGAUUCAAACCCUAAUUGGUUUGGAUUCGGAUUGAAAAAUUGAAAUCGAAUAUUUAUUCGGGUCGGAUUGGAUUAUGCCCUAAUCCAAACCGCACACCGAACUUUCACCCCUAUGCAACACUAUCAUGUCAAAAAACACAGCAAAACACUGUAUUAUCAUGUCAAAAUACGCUAUAUCAUUUCAAAAUACACUAUAUCAUGUCAAUAUACUCCCUCCGUUUCCUAAAGAUUUUCCCUCUUUCCGUUAAGUGUGUUUCCAAAAGAUCUUCCCUCUUUUACUUUAUUCCUUAUUUGGAAUUUUAUUUUCCCUUUUUAUCCUCUCAUGUCCAUAUCCUAUGGUCCACCAAUUUACGUUAUUAAUACAGUUUUACUCCCUUUCUCUCUCCUAAUUUAACCCCUUUUAUUUGUUUAUUUAUCUUAACCUCGUUCUCUCUCCUACUUUACCCAUCUCACACUCCCCCACAAGGGGAUCCUCCUUGGUAUUUGUAGGAACAGUAACAAGGAAAAUCUUUAGGAAACGGAGGGAGUACACUAUAACAUGCAAUACUAUCAUGUCAAAAAACUGAGUAAAACACUAUAAUUUUUAAAUAACUAUAUCAUUUUAAAAUACACUAUAACAUGCAAAAAUGAACGCGGCAAAAACGGAAAGUUGUAAUAAUUAAACUCACGUGAUAUGGAUAAUGUGUACACUAAGUGUGCACCGGAUUCAUAUUAAUUUUUUUUAUUAAAAGUAAUUGAAGGAAAUGUGGAAAUAAAUAUAGAAACCGCCACAUUGUAUAGUCAAGAAUUUUAUUAAUAGAUUUGACAACUUUAACUCUUUGUAGAUAUGUGAUUAAUUAAGCGUCAUGCACAUAGGUAGGAGUUUCUAUUUUGAGUAUAACAUUGUCAUUUAAUGUUUAAUAAGUACUCCAUAUAUUUAUACCAUUUUCUGGAAAUUAAAUACUAAACCUACGUUGAGAAAAGGGGGGAGAAGAUUAAUCACCUAUCUUGUUCUCCUACCCUUUUCUUUUCGUCAUGGAUAUCAAGAUUGAAGAUGGAGAAUCUCAGGAAAUUCAAGAACAACAAAUUCAACCACUUUUAGAAAAUCAACAAGAACAAACAAAACCACCCAAAACUCGAACCCAGAAAGCCAUUAGAAAAACAUUCAAAGGCACAUCUCACUUAUCAAGCCUCCUUCCAUCUGGCUCUGUCCUCAUAUUUGAGAUGUUUUCUCCUGUUUUAACAAAUCAAGGCCAAUGUGAAACGUUUCAAACACAGCUCAUAACAUUAUGCCUCAUAACUUUCGUCGGUUUAUCAUGUUUUAUCAUGUGUUUUACAGACAGUGUAAGAGAUGAACGUGGUAAAGUUCGAUAUGGACUUGCUACAUUCAAAGGUAUAUGGAUUAUUGAUGGUUCUGUAACUCUUAGCCCUGAACAAGCUGCUAAAUAUCGUAUUAGGGUUCUUGAUUUUCUUCAUGCAUUUAUGGGGAUAUUUGUUUUUGUGGCGGUUGCUUUGUUGGAUCAAAAUGUUGUCAAAUGUUUCUUUCCAAUGCCAUCUGAAAAAACUAAGGAAAGACUUGUGAUGUUUCCUGUUGGAGUUGGUAUUAUUUGUGGUUUGUUAUUUGUUUGUUUUCCUAGCAAACGUAAUGGCAUUGUAUCUCCUCUUUCUAAAAGUUAAAUACUUAUGGGAUUAGGUGUUUGAUCGAUAUCUUAAGAUUUCACUUCUUUUA